UGAAUAUUAUCAGCAUGUCAGAAUUUUUUUUUAUUUAUGAACAACAAUGAAGUAGAAUAAGUCUACCUAAUCAAUUAAAUCGAUCAAUACCUAAUCAAAAUGAACUAUCAACAUAUUUUAAUCCCAAUUUUAAUGAUUUUAGUAUUUUUAAGAAAUACAUCAGCAAUUGGAAUAUUUUUUACUCGAUCACCUGAAUCAUUGGUCGCACCACUUCAUGACGAAGUUGUGUUUGAUUGUACUCUUAAUAUUGACGUAGACUACAUCAAAUGGCGUCAUAAUUCUUCGGAUUUUUCAUAUCCUGCUCAAUCUCAUACUAAUACUAAUAGUAGAUUGGUUGUUAAAGUGGAGAGUAUUGCAGAAACUGGUGAUUAUCAAUGUGUGGCUAUUAUUGGAGCUUCUUCCUUAGCGUCAACUGCGGCAACACUGAGUUUGGCUACAUUAAAAGAAUUUGAUAAUCGUUCAUUAUCGUCUAAUGAAAAUACGUUUCAAAUAACUACUGGGAAUACAGUUACUUUGAACUGUGGAAAGCCCAUACAGAGUGAUCCACCUGCAUUAAUUCAGUAUUAUAAAAAUGGUCAACCAUUACCCAGGACUACUCCAGUAUCUUCAGCUGGAUCAGUAUUAUUGAAAAAUAUCCAACCUGAACAUAGUGGCCAUUAUACUUGUUCAGCGACCAAUAAUAUUGUAUCUCGAGUAGUAGAUUCGCCCAUGUCCAUAAAUUUAAAUGUGCAUUCAAAUCACGUUGCAUUAUCACCAAGGUUUUUAAACAAACCUCAAACAUUAUACAUUGCUCAAAAAAAUUCAAAUGUAAGCAUCGAAUGUGCACCAUAUGGUGAACCGGUGCCUACUGUUCAGUGGUUUGGAAUUCACAAAAAUAAACUUAUGAAUAGUAACAAAACUAACAUAGAACCGGGGUUAUUAACUAUUCGUAAUUUAAGUAUUGAAGAUUCUGGUGUAUACGAGUGUAACAUUGAAAACAUUUAUGGAAAAAUAAAUUAUCUUAUUACUCUCCAAGUUCAAGAAUUACCUUAUGUGAAAAAUGGUCCUAGUGAAUUUGUAAUCAUAAAUGAAGGGAGUUCAGAAACAUUAAAAUGUGAAGCUAUGGGAACACCAAAUCCAAAAAUUAUCUGGUAUCUUAAUGGUAAACCAGUUAAUGAUUCAAAUAUAUUUGUUAAAGGAGGUAUUUUGACUUUAAAUAAUACUCAAAAAUAUCAUGCUGGAUUUAUUCAAUGUUUUGCGUGUAAUGUUUUGGGAUGCUCAUAUUGGGCUGCUAUGAUUCAAGUCAAUCCAAAACAAAUAACACAACUGUCUUCUCAACAAUACAAUUACGAAGAUUCUACAACAAGAUCAUCUCCUCAGCGAGAGAGAAAAGAUAGAAAUCAUAAAGGAAAAGGUCAUAAGAAAGACAAAAAAAAGAAAGGAAAUGAGAUGAUUCCACCUUCGCAACCAAAUGUUACUCGUUUAACAGAAAACUCAGUAAUGGUAGUAUGGAGUGUUCCACCAAAUGAUGGACUGCAAAUUCGAUUUUUUAAAUUGCAAUACAAAGAAGUUAAAGAUAAUUGGUGGAAUACAAGUAGUGAUGAUAUACAAAUGCAUAUUCGAUGUUAUCAAGUGGAUAAGUUAUUGCCUGAUCGUGAAUAUGUAUUUAAAGUAGCAGCAGUGUAUUCAAAUAAUGAUAAUAAAUCUGGUCCAACUUCAAAACACUUCUUUUUGAACAAGGGACCACCCAAUAGAACUUUAAUUCCUCCAACAUUAAUGUCAGCCAAAGCCGUCAAUUCUACUUCUAUAUUAUUAGAAUGGGAAUACUUGAAUUCUGUACUAGCACCAGUUCAUGGAUUUUAUGUCUAUUAUCGGGCUACUAGUACUGCUGGUGAUUACACCAAAGCAAUAGUUGAAGGUCAAAAUGCUCGUACAUUUGUUGUUACACAUUUACUUCCAGAUACUUCUUAUGAUUUAAAACUUCAAAGCUUCACCAUCAAUGAAGCUUCUAAUUUUAGCGCCAUACUUAUACAUAAGACCUUUGGAGAACCUAAAACUAGCACAGACACUCCAAAAUGGACGGAUAAUUCAGUAGAUAGUACAAGUAAUAACAAUGCAUAUUCAACUAUUGGUGGUGUAAGAUCACUUUAUGUUUUGCUUGGCGCAAUUGUUGCUAUAAUAGGAGCUAUUAUUUUACUUAUAUUUGUAACAGUUUGUAUGUACAGUAAACGAUCAUCAGCACACUCAAAUUCUGCUGAGCUCAAUAAGAAUUCUGAAGCUGUAUCAGGACUAGAACCAUUGUCAAUGAAUGGGUUUGCUCUAAAAAAUGGUAAAAUGGUAAAUGGAUGCACAUUGCCAAUAGGUUCUGAUAGUACGCAUGGACAUACUCAUGCACCAAACGGUUAUGUAAUACAUCCAAUUAAUAUUACUAAUAAUCCACUUGCUCCUGAUGCCAAAAAUACUAUUGAGAUAUCUUACUUAACCAAUCAUAAUAACAAUUGUUCAGAAAAUGAAAUGAAUUCAUUACCUAGACGAACUCUGCCAAUACCCACUGAUACUCCAAGGACAUGGCAUUCAAAAGAUGCUAAAGAUGAAAACUAUGUGUGACGUAAAUUGAUGAAAACAAUUUGGAAUUUAUUGAUAUUUAAUGUACCACAGAUUUGAUCUGUCAGACUGAAGGCACUAAUUUUAUAAACAAUUAUUAAUUUGUUUUAUAAAUUAUUUUGGCUUAAAGAAAAAAAUGGAAUUAUACAAGACUGAACUCAAAGUCCUGCCAAUAAAUUGCUCACCAUUAAGAUAUUUUUCUAAUUUUAACAACUCGAUAUUAUUUAUGAAUCAAAUUAUUUAAUGUAUACUUUCAUGUAUAGACAACCCAUUAAUUUUUUUAUGUUAUACUUGUGUACUAUUAUCAGUAUUUUUUGUCUAUUGCUCUAAUUUGUUUGUUAACUAU